AUGAUUCGGAAUCCAAAUCUCGAAAACUUUGUUUGCUGUGCAGUGUGUAAUAAAGUAAUACCACCACCACCUACUGAGGAAGCUUUUGAACAGAUCCGUGAAUACAAACCAUUUAAGACAAGGUUUUAUACUCACAAGGAUAUACUAGAUAUUGGGAUUGAUAUUCAUCAAAAGGAAGAAAAAAUUAAUCAAGAUAAAUUGGAAGAACUUCUUAAAGAAGCACAGGAUGCAGUGUGGGCAAAGGCUGAGGUCAUGACAGAGGAAGCAGUGAAAAAAGCCAUCAAGAAAGUCCAUGAUAAACACCUGGAGGAAAUAGAAACUUUAAAGGAAGAACACGAAAAUGAAUUGAAGGAAAGAGUGAAACUCGCUAAGCAAGAGAUGAGAGAGGUCAUGGAAGAGGAAAUGAGGAGAGAAAACAGGGCUGCUGAACAGCGCAUGGUCCACAGAAUCCAGAAGAUCCUGAAGGAGUGCCAUGAUGAAAAGCUCCAGGCAAUAGAAGAAGUCAGAGCUGAAGAACAACAAAUAGCUACUGAACUACUGAAUAAGCAGAUGAGGAAGAAUGAGGAGAAAAUCCGGGAAGUUGGGAUUCUCUCUCACAAGACUCUUGAAAAAAGUAUAAAAGAAGUCACCAGAGCCACGAAAUACCAGAUGAGCAUUGCUUUUAACCUUAGCCAAAAAGAGAAGGAAGAAGAAGUUAGCCAAGUGCUGAAGGAGGUGGAGAAGUUCCGUAAGGCUACCAUAAGGAAAGUUUGCAAAAAGCUGACCCGCACUGAAGACAAGCUGCAGGAGAAGACCGAGCGUCUGGACAACAUGACCCAAUGGAAGGACUUCCUGGAGGGGGAGCUACUGGAAACCCGUGAGGCGUUUCAGAAAUACAUUAAUUCUACAUUUCCGAUGCUUGCACCAGGGCAAGCAGAUUUUAUUCUACCACUAAGAAAGAAACUACCCAUUGAUAUAGAAGAAUACACUGAAGGCAAUAUUAAACCAUUCUAG